AUGACACCUAUCCCGUUGCGGCAUCCUAUGCCAUUCGUUCCCUUCCUCGAAAAUGAUGUCUACCAGUAUAAUGUGUGGCAAUUUCAUAAGGUUCAUGUAGAAGAACACGAGGAGGCCGAGCGAUUCGAGGUUGCAGUAUAUCUGUGGCAUGAAGGUCUGAAACUCUUACGGAAUAGAGAUCCGUAUUGCGUGCAGCUUUUCGGAGAUGCGCUCACAAAGUGGUUCCGCGUUCUUGACCCAUAUGAGCCAAGCUACGUAGAAAACUACGACCUCCUCACUAGCUUUGUGACGCAACAACUCUCAGAGGGACCAGCUACUUUAGAUGCAUAUACUUCAACACGUCAAGUUCCGGUCUUCAAACCCCGUUGUAGCAUUGAGCGAGCCAGGGUCGACAUUUAUCCUAAAACUCUGGACGCCCACUGGCAGGAACUGGAGGGUUAUGGAGAAGAGGAUCAGGCGGCAGAGGAUUCAGAGGAUGAUCUACUUGAUACAAAUGAGAUUCUUGAGCAAAUGAAGAAGCGAAAUCAAGUUCGUGAAGCAUUGCUAGAACUUCGAGUCGAUGAAGAAGGCGGAGGCGAUGGUACCGGAUGGAACGAAAUGGUGCAUGACGUGUCAGUUAUCCACUAUCACACAGAGGAGAAUAAAUCUUGGGACGACAAUGAGCGGACAGGCGAAGUCCAAGACACCACCACAUCGGCCGCGGGUGAGACUCAACCAUUACAAAGAACAUUGGACGCUGCGCGGGAAACGACUAUCUCCAAAACAUCCGAUAUUGCUACCAAUCCAUCCAUCUCUAGAGUCUCCACUCAGCCCGAUGCUACCGUUACAGCAGCAAAUGCCCCAACAAAGACUUCUGCGGAGAUUGAAGAAGAUAAGCGACGCACUUUUGCCUUCAACGCCAAGCUCGUCUCGGCGUUCAUGACCACCCCUUCGACCCCGCAUCCUCCGACUCGAAAGAACCAGAUUUUACAUGUUCUGGAGAACCUCUAUGACUGCAAGAAUAUCAAACAUCCGGCAUUCCGAUAUGGAUCCUUUGACUUUUGGAGCGGCAUCUUUCACCUGGAACUGGAUGAUCUUGACGCUGCUUCGGAGCACUUUCAUGCCGCCGUGACAUCGGACAAGUGGCUUAAACCCAACCGCUGGUUGCGUAACACUUUGGGUAUUGAUGCAGUUGGACCGGUUGGACGUUACAGACAUAAGUAUCAGUACGAUGCAGAACUCGGCCUGGCCAUCGUAGCCAUGCGAGAGGGUUUCAGGCAGCUCGGUUGCUCCCAGAAUCGCCCGUCAUCGGCAGAUUGGGAAUAUCAAGAUCUUCAGGCGCUAGCGCGAUUGGGAGGCGAUUUUCUAAAUGAGGGAAUUUACAGGCUUAACCGGUUUCUGGCAACUGCCCCCGGCCAUUCAGAAUACCUUCCAACCGGAGAAUGUUGGAUGAUUGCGUUGAAAGCGGCACAACUGGAGAUUGCCCUUGAAAAAAGUGAUCCGUCUGACACCAUUAUUAAAGAUCUGGCCGAGAAAAUUACAUGUCACCGUGCCCGCCUCAACGAAGCCGUCAACAUGCAGAGUUGCUGGUCUCCCCGCCAGACCACGAAAACUCGAGAAUUCAGAACUGCAAUGUCUUGCUUGCAGUUGGUUGCAUCGCAUUCUCUUGCACAAGGCCCAAAUCCAAGUCAAUGGCACCCCUUUCUGCAUGACUGCAGCUGUUCCAAUUCAAAAUGCAAGCGGAUUAUGCAGAUUUCUCAGCAACAUGUGCGGGUUGUCAUUCAUCAAGAGGGGGAGGAAAUCGUAACCCGACCGUGGAAUUCAAACCUGGAUGCUUUGAUCCAUUGUCCACUCUGUGGAGUAGCAAAAUACUGCUCUGUUGAGUGCAUGAACGAGCACAAGGCGGGGCAGCACAGGGUCUUUUGCAAGAUGGUUUUGGAACGGCGAUCUAUGGUUGGAAAUUAAGUAUCAGCUUGCAGGACGGUUUCAACAUUGUGGGUGGUCAAAGCGAUGCUUGCAUGACUUUUAUUUUGCUGUUUAUGGCUGUUGAUAGGUUGUUUUGCUGUAUCGUAUAUCACAUAAACCUUUAAGGAAAG